AGAAUGUAUGAGCCGCUUCCCCGUCUCCCGUCCUCCUCAAUCCAAUAAAGGCGCGAGGGAGCGCUUCUCCUCAGAGGUGAGCUCCUGAGGGAAAGGGGGAAAGAGGCGAAGACUCGACGGCGCGCCCGUGCGAAGGAUGGGGACCCCCUGAAGAAGAACAAGCAGAAGAGGAAGAAGAAGGAGGCGGCUCUUUCGCCUGAGGAUGCGGCGAGGAGGGCUCUGUCCGGCGGCCUCAGUGCUGCUGCUGCUGCUUUUGGCGGCGUUGCGGGGCUCCGAGCCCCUCGCCGGAGACCAGCGCUGCUUGCUGGGCGGGACCAAGGCCACGGGGGCGCGCCCGCCCAACCCUUACGCCUCUUACCCGCGAGCGGCAAUGGGCACCGGGGUGUCGUCGUGGCCUCCUUGGCGGCGGAGGCGCGCCCGGAACCCCACAUUGCGUCCCUCUUCCUCCUCCUCUGCCCUCGCCUUAUAUUUCUCCGGCCGGAGGGAGCAGCUGCUUCUCCGCCCGGGCGCCCUGGCUGAGCUGCCUCGCGGGACGUUCACAGUGGAAGCCUGGCUCAGACCUGAAGGCGGGCAGAGCAACCCAGCCAUCAUCGCAGGUGUGUUUGACAAUUGUUCCCACAUUACCAGUGACAGGGGAUGGACAUUGGGAAUCACUUCACAGGAGCCUAGGAAAAAGAAUGCUCGCUUCUUCUUUUCACUUCGGACAGACCGGAUCAAGAAGGCCUCUACCAUAUUGGCAUACCAUCGCUACCAGCUCAAUGCAUGGGUUCAUGUGGCUGCCACUUAUGAUGGGCACCAGAUGUUGCUCUACCUGAAUGGAGAGCGGGUGGCUCGCAGUACCCAGCAGUGGGGUGACCUUCACAGUCGCUUCAUGGCUUCUUGUCGCACCUUGAUUCUGGGUGGUGACAACUCAGGUGGGCAUAACUUCCGUGGCCACCUCACAUCGUUAACCCUUUGGGGUAUUGCUCUACCCCAGGAGAAGCUCCAGAGGGCCUUCCUAAGAAAGGCUGAAGAGUAUGAAGCUGCUAUACUGCUUAAUGUGAGGUUCAGUCACUUGGAGCAACAGUGGGUACACUUCCAGAAUGGGGCAUAUCCCCUGGUGGAGUCAUUUCACCUUCUAGAGCCCCCAGUUUUGUCACCACUAACACCCCCACUAUGUGGACAGACUGCCUGUGAUAAUGUGGAGCUGAUUUCUCACUACAACAACCACUGGCCACUGCGGAAUGAGAAGGUAGUACGUUACCGUGUUGUUAACAUUUAUGACGAUGAUGGUCUCCAUCCUACUGUCAGCCAGGAGCAGAUUACUCACCAGCACCGAGUGCUCAGUGAAGCCUUUAGCCACUAUAAUAUCACUUGGCAACUCCAUGUGCACAAAGUGCGCAGUUCUUUGCUCCGCCACCGUGUGGUCCUAAUGAAUUGUGACCCUGGCAAGAUUGCCAAUGAAUUUUGUAACCCAGAAUGCAAGCACCCUCUAACCGGUUAUGAUGGUGGAGACUGCCGUCGGCCGGGGCGCUGCUAUUCUUGGCAGCGUCGGGAUGGGGUUUGCAACAUGGAAUGCAACAAUAUGUUCCACAACUUUGAUGAUGGAGACUGUUGUAACCCCAAAGUAACCAAUGUAAGAAAGACUUGCUUUGACCCAGAUUCUCCACAACGGGCAUACAUGAGUGUGAAAGAGCUGAAGGAGGCACUGCAGCUGAAUAGCACCCACUUCCUCAAUGUUUACUUUGCCACCUCUGUGCAGGAGGAGCUGGCAGGUGCUGGUACCUGGCCAUGGGACAAAGAUGCCCUCAGCCACCUGGGUGGCGUGGUUCUCAAUCCAGUUUACUAUGGUGUGCCAGGUCAUACAAAUACUUUGAUCCAUGAAGUAGGACAUGUAUUGGGACUCUACCAUGUCUUCAAGGGGGUGGAUGAAAAGGAUUCCUGUGAUGACCCAUGUCGAGAAACAACACCAUCUAUGGAGACUGGAGACCUUUGUGCUGACACAGCACCUACUCCUAAAAGCAAACUCUGUCGGGAUCCAGAUCCCAACAAUGACAUAUGUGGCCAAACCCACUUUUCUGGAACACCCUUCAAGAAUUACAUGAGUUACACAGACGAUAACUGCACUAACAGCUUCACACCAAAUCAAGUGGCCCGGAUGCAUUGCUAUCUGGAUUUGGUGUACCAGCAGUGGACUCAGGGCAGAAAGCCCACUCCUAUCCCCAUGCCUCCUGUGAUUGCGGGCCAGAGUGAGAAUACUCUCGCCAUACAUUGGCUGCCCCCCCUUAGUGGCAUCGUCUAUGAAAGAGAAUCUGGGAAUCUUUGUGGUGAUUGUGAUGAAGAUGGAACAUAUAGCCAAUAUGUACAUGAGGCCUCCUCCCCUCUCAUCUGUGAUUCUUCUGGCUAUUGGACUCCAAAGGAAGCAAUAGGGCCUCCAGAUGUGAGCCAGCCUUGUGAGACCAGUCUGCAGGCCUGGAGCCCUGAAUUCAAUCUGUUCAAUAUGAGCAUGACCACCCCUUGCCUCCAGCCACUCGGGUGUAUUUUGGAAUUGCACUUCCUGCAUCCCGUGUAUGCAGACUCUCUAAGGAUAUGGACCACUAAUUUCUCUGUAGACUCCAAGAUGCUGUCAGAUAUUGAGAUCCUGACAGAGCAUGGGGACUCUGUACACCUGGGUCCCAUGAACACAUUCUGUGAUAUCCCACUCACAGUUAAACUGAAUCUAAAUAAGAAGGUAUCUGGCAUAAAGCUCUAUACAUUUGAUGAAAAAAUGGAGAUAGAUGCUGCUCAACUAAUCUCCAAACCCCACAGUUCGCUUUGUUCCAGCUGCAGACCUGUAAGGUACAGGGUUCUCCGGGAUCCUCCAUUUCUGGAUGGAUCCCCAGCAAUAGUAACCCAACGAGGACGGAAGUUUGUGGACAAGGAAGUCAUAGUUGGCCAGCUAUAUCAAUAUCAGGUACAAGCUGUAGCAGGAGCCACUGUAGGAGAAGCCUCCCCACCUUUGCUCCAUAUCCAUGGAUCUCCCUAUUGUGGUAAUGGAAAAAUAAACAUGGCUCUUACAGAAGAAUGUGAUGACGGAGACCUGUUAGAUGGUGACGGUUGUUCUAAAACUUGUAAAAAAGAAAAAGGAUUCCAUUGUGUUGGUGAACCAAGUAUGUGCUAUGUCCAUGAUGGAGAUGGCAUUUGUGAGCCAUUUGAGAAAAACAGCAGUUUUGUGGACUGUGGCCUCUAUACCCCCCAAGACUAUACAGACCAGUGGGCAUCAGAGGCCUAUGCGUCUCACCAGGAUGAAAAAGCAUGCCCAGUUUCCUUGGUGACCGGAGAACCUCUUGUGAGGGUGUGCAGUCCUCAUCCACAGGACAUUCUUGAAAACCAGCCUCACAUGGCUUGGUUCCCUUGUGUGAGCCAUGAUGUUUUUCAAGAUCCAGAGAGAGAGAAAAUGCUUUUGGAUGACAGAGUUUGGCUCAAAGUGUGCUUCAACAGACCCAGCACAGCGACCUCGCUUUUUGUUUUCCUGGCAUCUGUUGGCGCAUCCACCAGUGACCAGCCCACAUCUACUGUAACGGUUCACUUGGUAGACACCAGUGGGCACAGCCAUUUUAUUGCAACAUAUGAACUUUCGUGUCAAGAGAACCCACUGGUCAUCAACGUAACUGAAAAUGCUGCUUUCCACCAAAUCACCUCUGCCUUGCUAAACUUCUCUUCCAUCUCCGUGGGCAUAUCUGCAGUGGCUUUGCGGACACAUUUGCCAUUAGACUCUUCAAGCCCGAGCAACUGCCUCCCAGAGCAUGAGGGUCAUGGCUGCGAGAGACUCAGCUGCACCCAACACACAUGUGGAGAACAAGGGAGCUGUGUGUUCCCCCAUAUUCAUCAUGGUAGUGUUGACAACUGCACUCUCAACCAUCAAGGACACAUGGAAUGUACAAUUUCUUGUGAAAAUGGAUUUGUACUCCAUGAUAACCAUGGGAAAUUGUUGCGUCCAGGACAGAAAAAUAUCCUGUUGACCUGUAACUCUGGGCAAUGGGACAGAUCUGUGACUUGUGAUCCCGUCGACUGCCAGUUUCCAGAUCCAUCACAUGUGCUUUAUGCUGAGUUCUCUUGCCCCAAAGGAACUACCUACCUGAAGCAAUGUUCCUUUUCCUGCAUCAAGCCAGCAAAGCUCCAAGGAAUGAGUCAGUGGCUGACCUGCUUAGACGAUGGACUAUGGUCACUUCCAGAGGCGUAUUGCAAGCUGGAGUGUGACACUCCACACCCAGUUGCUAAUGCUGAGUUGAAGGUGCCCGAAUGCCUGAAAGAGAAUCAUGAUGUGGGUUCUGUCUGCACCUAUGAAUGUAAACCUGGAUACUAUGUAGCAGAAAUUGCUGAGAAGCCCAGGAAAAAGCUGUUAAAUAUCCAGUGUCUUGAAAGUGGCUUCUGGGAGGAAGGCAGCUGUGUUCCUGUGGUGUGUAAGCCACCCCCAGCCGUCUUUGAGGGAAUGUACACUUGCACCAAUGGCUUUGAGCUUGACAGCCAGUGUGUCAUCAGCUGCAGCCCACAGAUCAAGAAGCCUCCUGUCCUUUGCACUAAGGAUGGUUUGUGGUCAGAGGAAUUUAAAUUGUGUGAAGAGCUAAAAGGAGAAUGUUCACCACCCCAAGAGCUCAACUCAUUGGAGUACAAAUGUGAGCAAGGUUAUGGAAUUGGGGCUGUAUGCACCCCUUCUUGUCUGAUGCUUCCAAGAGAUCCUGUGCUGCUACCUGAAAAUGUCACUGCUGAUACCAUGGAACAUAGAUUGAAGCCCAUCAGAGUCCAGAGUAUUGUGUGUACUGGAAGAUUGGAGUGGCAUCCAGAUCCAAAAGCCAUUCACUGCAUUGCCUCCUGUGAGCCUUUCCAGGCUGAUGGCUGGUGUGACACGAACAAUAACCGAGCCUACUGUCAGUAUGAUGGUGGGGAUUGCUGCUCUUCCACAGUCUCCUCCAGGAAGGUGGUCCUUUUUUCUAAUGGAUGUGACCAAGACGAGUGCACCUGCCGGGACCCAGAAGCAGAAGAGAACCAGUAACAACACCCAUGAGGGCUUGUGUUGACAGGGCCACAAUUGGAACUUAAAGGGCUUGUGUAGGAGGAGGAGCAGUAACUUCAAGGGCUAACAGAAAGGACUUUACAAAAUGCCUCGAGAGGCAUCAUUAUACAAUGAAGAAAAGCUGCAUGGGAAGGGACAGAGAGAGGGAGAGGCAUGCAAGAAAAUAAAUGAUCACCUUUACACUCUCAGUUCAAACGAGUGACCAUCAGAAUGGAAAUACAAGCCACAAUGGCCUACUCCACAGCCUUGUCAGUAAUAUUGAUAAACUGGCUCAAAAUCAGGCCUCUGGACCACCUUCACUGCGUUUACUGUAUCAAUGGUUUGCUACCUACAACCGUCUUAUCCUUUCUCUGAAUAUUGUCAGUAUUCUCCCUUUCGCCAUUUGGGUUUGAUUUAGUAAGGAAGAAGGGUAGAUAAAAGUAAUAUGUCUGCAAAUAUUUAAGCGUAAUUUUAUUACAAAUCUACAUUAUAUUUUUAUUUGCUGUUCAUUAAGCUGACCCAUGCUGCUGUGAAGGAAAAGUGUAUUAGAAAAUGUUGGGGGCUGUAAUGAAAGAAAUUCCCAGAUAUCGAGAGAAUCUAAGGGCUGUUUUUGGUAACAGAAUUAAGAACUCUCCAUCCCACUCCCCCAGACAGUACUAUUUCAGGCUGCCGAUUGAAUGUUUACUGUUCCUUCAGCUCCUUUCCUCCUAUCCCAAAUUUUCCUUAAUGUAGAGAGCAAUCCCCAAAUCCUAACCCAGCUUUCUGUCUAGCAUUGUAGUUUCCAUAAUUCUGCAGAGAAUAUCACCCUGAAUUAGUACAGUCCAGGAAAAGCUUUACAACCUGAUUCUGCUCAUUGUAUAAACGUGUACAUGUUAGGCACUUCUGAGUACUGAUGUCCAUGUGCCCCCCCCCCCCCACCUAUUUCAAAGUGAUACUUAACAAAAGUUAAAUGCUACAACAGAAUUCUGCACAUCUAAAAAUUAAAAACAUUGAGAUGGCCCAUACAGCAGAUUUAUUAUACAUUAAGGGGUGGCAUAUUUCAGGAUAUGCUUAGAAACAUAGAUCUGUAGAGUUGAAUAGGACUGAAAGGGCCAUCUAGUCCAACCCCUGCCAUGCAGGAAUACACAACUAAAAGCACUGCUGGCCAUCUGACCUCUGUUAAGGACUUCUAAAGAAAGGGGGGGUCCACCCCAUGGCACUAUCUUCCAGUGAUAAAGAAUCCUUACGAUAAAACUGUUCUUUUUGAUAGCUAGCUAGACUCACUUUUAUUCUAAUUUUAAUCCAUUUGUUCAUGUUUUAGUGUCUGGAGCAGCAGAAAACAAGUUCAGUCCAUCUUCUAUAUGAAAUCCCUUCAGGUAUUUAAAUAUGGCUAUCAUAUCAACUCUCAAUUUCUUCUUACCUCAAGACAUCCUGCUCCCUAAAUGGUUUCUCAUAGUACACGGCUUCUAGACCUUUUAUCACACUGGUUGUCAUGUCUGAUAAGCUUCCAGGUCAUUUACCAGCAGCUCAGUUGACAUACUCCAUCCAGGCUGAAGGCAGCAUGACUAGAGUCAAUGUCAUGUUGAAAUUAUGUUCCCCUCCUGCACCAGGCCACUUGUCCUCCAGCAGAAGUGGGGAAAGGGAUUUCUUAAACAAGUUUAUUGAUGGCCUGAGAUUCUAAAGUCUUUUCACAGGGGAGUAUCUUACCGUAAUUGAAGAUAAUACACGAGCCUUUAUUUCCUGUAGCAGCCUUGUUUUUAAGGUUUUUGAAAGGGUGCAGCACAACUCUGAAUCAGCCCCUGGGUUUUUAGAUACACAGUUCACACUGAGCAAAGUAGUUGGCACAUCCUUGCUGUAAAAUACACUGAAAGGUGAGCAAAGUGCUCUAAGAUGGAAACCUGUUGCCUCCAAACACACGGGAAUACUGGCCACUUUUGUCAUAACAGUUUGGAAUAGGACACAGCUUAAAAUUACCCAAUGGAGUUCUGGAAUAUCUUUGUCUGGAGGGAACAUUACUAUAGAAAUGUAAAGUACAGCCAUGUCCCUAGGGCUCUAAGAGAAGAACUACCAUACUUCUUCAAAUGUGAGACAUCACUGAUUGUAAGACACACCCUAAUUUCAGUAGCAUCAUGACCAACACAAAUACAUAACAUACACCUGAGACUCUAAGAUACAUCCAAUUAUUAGAAAUAUUUGUAUAGGAAAAUAGUGUCUUAGAACAUAAGAAAUACAAUAUAUAUAUAUAUAGAGAGAGCAGAACUAAUUGAGUGGGAAAUUUUGGCGAAUAUGUUUUUUGCCUAUGUGUGUUUUCUGUCAAAGCCUCACCCAGGUUUAUUCUGGUUUUGGAGAUAAAUUGAAGCGGAAGUGGCAAGAGAGUAGUUUUAAGGGACAAAUGUACCUUUUUCAUGUCUGCAAAUCUUCACUGCAAACACUAUCCCACAUUCAGACUAUGGAGCACUCCAUGUUCUCUAAUGUCUUUGCUCUGAUCUCUGCUUUUGUGCAAGACUCAAAUGUUCCUGUAUUACCCAUUCUCCUAGAUUGGGAGCUAGAAGACCUCAGCUACAUAUAAUAGGAUGUAUAUUCAUGUGAUUGAUUUUGUUUCUUCUAGUUGAGAGGAGAGGAGGAAGGAGAUGCAGUGCAAGUUUGAAUGCUCAUAAAUUUAGGUAGAAGAACACAACUGCACUGGACUACUUAAGAAGAAAUUUUGUUUGAAUCCUAUUGAUAAUCUCAAGUAGAAUAGAUCUGUUGAAUCAGCUGUUGAAUGUUGAAUCAACAUUUUUGUCAGCUCCAUUGAUUCAGUGACUUUCCUGAAGCUGAAAUUACAAAUUAAUGAAAAAGUUUCAUAGACCAACUUUGCACACAUACCCUUUUCAAGGCACAUAAAGGGGUUUCCCCCCUGACUAGAUGCUUACAUAAGAAUUAACCUAGUUUUUAUUUCAACUCAAAACUACUGUGCUUGAUAAAGAAUAUGCUUGUAUGGAGGGCCAGCUGAUCUUAGCAGUCAAAUUAUCCCACAAAAGAGGUCCAGUGUUGUCCAAUGGCCCAAACAACUGGUCCAGAGUACUCAACUAUGAUUUUAUUUCUAAUAUUUGGGAAAAUGUGGCCUAUGUUAACUUCUGUUAUGCCUUUUGUACCUCAAUCAAGUUGCUUAAUUCGAUACCUUAAUAGACAUUCUAACAUGGAGUAUAGAUUUGAGUUUCUCAGGCUUCAGAAACAUAUUGAUCACUGACUAGUAGCUCUUUUUAACUAACUAUUUCUGGAAGAUCUCCACAUUUGCUUAAAACACACAUUCUAGCAAUCAAACCCAUUCUCUUAAAAUAGGGUUGAAAGAUUAGCAACAGUUAAUUUGAGUACAGGAAUAUGGAUGAUGGCGCAGUAUUGCUAACAGAGUAUACCAGUUUGGAUGAAAGCCAUCUUAGUGAAUUAUUUCUUUGGUAGGGGACUAUGGGAACAUCUUGCCCCACUUUCUGAUGAAGUAUUUUCUUCACAAUUGAGGCUGCUGCUAUUUUUGUUUUUGUAUUUGAUAAUUAUUUUUUAUAAAAAUCUAUGGAAAUAAAUAAUCUGCCAAUCCUCUUGUGUCUUUAUCAUUAUGCUUUAUGAUUUGACUAUUUCCAGAAAAAAAAAGGAUUGUCAACAUUGAGGUGGAAUAUGUGCCAGAAAGAAAUCUUAAUGUUUGAACAUAUUUUUCUUGGAAAUAAACACAUGCUUGCCAGGGUA